AUGGUGUCUUGUAGGGGAAUUUGUGAAACAGUUCUCUCAGCCCUUUUGGAGUAUGAUACAGCAAAGAUAGUGCAUAUCAAAAGCAAAAAGGUUGGACUGAUCAAUCGACUAAUACAGUUAGCGAUCAUUGUUUACAUUAUAGGGUGAGUAGUGCCAAGUUUCAGUUUCGAAAUUAAUGCCAAACAUACAGAAGGUAACGCAACAAGCUACCUUUCUUGACCUGCAACUGGAUGUAACGUGUAAGUCAGUCCAGUCCUUGCUAAAGCAGAUAAAAGACCGCAUAGAACUGCUGAUUUUUUUAAGGUAUUCGAUGAGCUGUAGCUGUAGGAUCAGCUGUAGAUACUCAAUCAGCUGCUUCAAGUGUUUAUGCAAAUGCCACAAGAAUUGCAAUCGACCACCUUUGAAGAAAGACGAAAAAAGAAGUAGCCUAGCCAUGUUCUAUAAAAUUUACAAUGACCAAACUAGGAUAGACAUUGGAAAAUAUCUGAAUCCGUUAAGUCGAGUUAGCUGUCGUGUUAAUAGCCAAGCUUAUGAUCAGGUGCCAGUUGCAUAUUAAUUUUGCUAUUUUGAUCCAAGAACAACAAGCCCGGCCUAGCCAAUCGAAUGUUCGGUAAUCGAACUCCAGUCAUUCGAUUGACUUCAAUUGGGUUUGGUAAUCGAACUUAAUCCAACUCACCCAAAAAGUUUGCCAAUCAAACACUUAAAAACAAUCGGACAUAAAACCAGUUUCUUCUGGUUUCAAACAAGGUGUUGUGUUCAAGUAGUUUGGCUUCAAUUUCAAAUACGAGCAGGGUGCAAAGAAAGUCAGUUUUACAGCUUGCCAUUCGGGCAAGGUGAAGCUAGUAUUUAUUAGCCCAAAAUUAUUAUGUCACUUCAACCAGCCCCAAAACGUUUUGAUGAGGAGAAUUGAUUUGACCGUUCUUCUGUAAUUUAAAUUCCUCAAAAAAAUUCACUUGCCUGUUGGGCAAGUUAAGAACUAAAUUCACUAGCCCGAUAGCAAAAUCCCACUAGCCCCGGGUUAUCAGACACAACUUUCUUUGCACACUGACGAGUAUGCAAAGAUGUCACAGCAAUGGUUAAAGGCUACCAUGAGUGCUCUUUUGCCGUCGGUGUCGGAGAAAAGUUUGUUAUUAAGAAAAAAGGAGGAGAUAGUAACAGGGGUCCUGCUCUGAAGGUAAAUGACUAAACUUGGACAUUUGCAAUAUGAACUGGUGCCUGUACUUUGGCCACUGACUGAAAAAGUUGAAGUGUAAGGCCCUGUUUAUUCGUCACACAAUCGUCAAAUUUAAUUCAGAUGAAUUCAAUUCAAAGCCUCCCAUGCAACCAAUGCAAUAAAAUUUGACGAUUAUGUGACAUAUAAAAUGAAUUAAAUUCGUCUGAGGAAUAAUCAAACUCACCGAAAAGUUCUAAAUCUGACCGAUUAGGUUCGAUUGAUUUUGGUUCAGUUUCAUUCGAUAAGAGAGUUGAACAUUUUGCCAAAUAGGUCAGGUAAUGCCUUUUCUUUGAUGGCAUUUACAAACUGCCUUUAUUUUAUAAAUAUUAUAUGACUACUUUUAUUUAUUUCUUUUAUAUUUCUUUUUUAAUAUUGACCGCAGGCCAAUUUGCAAGAAUCAUCAAUUAUUUUUGUUGGAGGCAAGAUAGAUAGCCAUAAUAUGUGACAUUUACGGCAAUUCGUGCAGCAUGUAGGAAAUAAUUCGAUCUUUGAUGUUAGUAAUUUCUUUUAUUUGGUUUUAAUAGACCUUCAGGUAUUUAAUCCUUGCAGUAAUUUUGUUUUUAAGGUAUGUGAUUGUUUAUAAAAAAGGAUAUCAAGAAUUUCAGGAACCAUACAGUUCUGUAACUACCAAAGUGAAAGGCUUAUCACUCACCGACUUAACAAGGAGUGGCCCAGAAUUUCCACUGUAUGGAGGUGUUCAUGUGUGGGACUCAUCAGAUUUUGUUGUCCCUCCUGAGGUACAAACUUUUAGCUCAAACCAUAACAACUGAAUUACAAUGAAUGGAAGAUGAGUGCCUGGGAUGUUUGGGACCUCCCCUGUGACCAACUGACCCCUAGAAAGAGACCCACUCCUAUGGCUGCCAAUCCCCAAAACCCAGCCUAUCACCCCCAUACAGUGUACCUUACCAAGUCAUCUAAGCUCCCAUCACACUGUUUUUGCAGUGGAAAAUAAGGGAAGGAUUAGGCUGGGAGGGGCAGGAAUGACAAAGAAGAACACACUCCACAGAAAAAAGCUGUUAUGCUUGAACACACUGAAAUGUGCUUUAAGGCUAUGCCAGAGAGUGCGACAAAGCAUGCGUCAAACUCUGCUGUUCUUGACGGCCAUCAGCACAUCGGCUACUCUUAAUUGUUAACUCAAGUAAACUGCAUUUAAUGGUAACCGCAUUUAAGUUCAAUGAGUAGCAACAAUAUAUAAAACAAUAUUGCUAAGUAAUCAAGAGAAAACAUUUUAUUGGUCCUAAAUGCGAAAAUCUUUAAGGGUACAAAGUCUGAACCCGAACUGGAAUAAUUCCUUAAUAGUUCAAAAGGGUGGUGUGCUCCACCCAAUAACCCUUGGAUAUUGGUGAAGUAUUGAUUAAUAAAUUUUAACAGCACCACAUUGCAAUAAAUGAUAGAAACAAAAGUAGAUUAUCAUCUGUUUCAAGUGUUUGCUGGGGGCUGACAAGAAUAUCAUUUCACUAGGAGGUAUUUUUUUUAUUAUUUUAUAAAAAAUGUUGUUUACAAAAAUAUGGAAGAUGGUGGUGUGGGGAAUUCCUUAAGGGCAGGGGUGGGGGAUACCAGUUUUAAUCCUGAUAUGUAUAUAUUACUUGCCUUAGUUUAUUGAUACUUUGCCUGUUUGUUUACCUUUUUUGCUACUAAUUUGUGCCAACAGGAGAAUAAUGCAGUAUUUGUAAUGACAAAUAUGAUCAUCACACCAAAUCAAACACAGAACACUUGUCCAGAGAACUCAAAGUUGCCAGGGGUGCAGUGUACAAAUGACGGUGAUUGUAAACCACUAGAACCUGUGAAAAAUGGCCAUGGUAUGCACUUAUAAUAAUAGUACAAUAUAUUGAUAAAAUAUUUAACAAUCAUUCUUCGAGCCGGAAUGGGCUCUGAGUCAAUAGCGAGAGAUCUAGAGGCCGAAGGCCAAAUGGGCUAUUGACUCAGAGGUCAUGAGGGCAAGAGGAAUAAUAUUAUUGUUUUAGUAAAAUCCAACUAGUUGGUCAAAAAUAUCGAGACAAAACAACUAUAACAUAAUAUUAGCCUAGUGGUAGCUCAACCAAUUAUUGAUCAGAAUGCAGCAUUGAUAAUAGACCACUAGUUGGAUUUGACCAAUAGCAUAUAUCUUUAAUUUUAGCAUUUUGUGAUCCAAACGUCUAAAUUGCGCCAAGAGUUGGUUUUAUGUGGUAAAUGAAAUGUGUUGUGAAGUUAUUAGUUACUAAAAUUAAUAUGCACUAGUUACCAGUGAAUUGAUAUAAUGUAUUGUUAGUGAAAUGGCUCCUUGUGGGCAGUUAGUCUAUGAUGGCUCUCGGUUCUUCUGUAUUUUUGGUGGAGAUAGAAACUCAGUCCAUGACAACAUGAUUAUCUCCAAAAAAGGCCGUAUUGCUCUAAUGUUAGUUGUUCUGGAAAAAAAAACCCAAGUAACCUUUCAUAAACCACUUGAUUCUUAAAAGGCAUAAUUUGUCAUGAGUCUAUUGCAUGGGACCCUUUUUUUUUCCAAUUAUCACCUUAUGUUUUUUUAUGUGUUUUGUUCUGUGAUGGAGUAGUGUCAAAGAUAUGUAUAUAGCCUUUAAUACAGUGUAGGACAGCUGAUUUUGUUGCUAAGGCAGGCCAGCACACAUCAUUAUUUUUAGAGUGUUACUUAUUAAGAGCUGGUAAACACUGUGCCAAACAUAACAUGUACGACUGUAGUACUAUGUGUUGGUCAUGGUCAAAAUUUGUCCUUCUUCUCUUUACUUAAUAUUCAAGCUCAAACCAGAAGUUAUUCAAGGUGUAUAAAGAACUCUGACUCUUUUCAAACUCUUAAAAUAAAAGCUUUUAAAUUCUUGAUAACAAUUACAAGGUUUCAAGACGGGAAAAUGUGUAAAAAAUGAAAAAGGAGAGAAAGUUUGUGAGAUUUAUUCCUGGUGCCCAGUGGAGAUUGAUGAACUUCCAAUGCCAGGCUUUAAUUUAAGGUAAGUCUUGCAUUUUUUUAAAUAAAUAAUUAUGUAAAAUAUGUUAAUGUAGCUUUUUUACCAUCUUUUCAGUUUCCUGCAUAUCUUACCACUAUAUCAUUAUGGAUUAUCCUGUCAUUAAAUGCUGUAGCAGUAUAUAUAUUUUUAAUAAUUGGCAUGGAUUUCAACAAGUUUCAAGUUUAUUUCAAAAUUUUACAGGCUAAUUUACAAACUGCUCCAACCACAAAUAAUUAAUAGCAGGGCUAACCCAGGCAGGAAGAGAAAAUCAGAUAGUUUAAAUACCUUGAAAAUCUAAAUACAUAAAAAAAUACAUACAGUGCCGUAGCCAGACCAAACGGCCAACCGAGGCAGGCGGAAGUUGCUAGGGGGGUUCCCCCCCCCCCCCGAGAAAUUUUGAACUUUAGUCUCUCGGAAAUGCGAUUUGCAGCGUUUUCUGGGCCUUUUGGUAACUUUUUUUCGAGUUAAUUUAAGUGGAAUUUAAAAAGCAAUAAUCAGAAACAAGCUACAUAAUCUGGGUGACCAUUAACCUCGCCAAUGGUUUUGAUCAGUAUUUGUUCAAAAAAAUUUGAGUUAACGUACGUAGCCCCUUGAGAUCGAUGAUAUGGUAAUUUUUUCAUAGUAUAUUGACUGAAUUGCUGAAUUCUUUGUAAUAUCAUGAUGCGUUAAAAAUAUCCGAUGAUCGCUUAUGUAAAAUAAAAAUGAUCAGCGAAAUUCGUCGAAAUUUUACCGAGGCGAGUGCCUCGGUUGGCCUCAUACUAGCUACGGCACUGACAUAAAUAAAUAUCAUCAACAAUUUUAAACCCACUCACCUGCCAUUUGAGUGUCAUAAUGGGAGUAUGUUCUAGUUCCCUAUGGACCAACACUUGGUGGAAAAAUCAGUCAAAGAGUUAAAUACUUAAGUAUGCUUGAAAUUUUGUCCUGUAUCUAUGAGAAAUUAUAAGCCUAAUGCUAAAGUUUUUGAUCACCAGUAUGAGAUGUUGUUCUUUCCUAUUGCACUAGUUAUAAUGUUCCUCUUCUUGACGCUGCCAAGAAUUUCACCAUACUUGUUAAAAACAAUGUGCAGUUUCCCAAGUUUGGUGAAUCAAAGUAAGUAAUAAUAUUUACAGUUUAAUUUAUACUUCUUUUUUGAGCUUACUGUCUGCUUAUAGCUAGAACGCUUUAUGCCGGCAUCAGCGUAAGAAUGAUGGUAAGGUUAACGUUGUUACUAUUGUUCUUGUGUGUGUGGUGAAGCGUAACCUUAGGGGCCAAAGGGACUGGCUUUGAUACCUGCUAUCUCCCAUUCUCUGUUUUGUACAGCAUUGUUAAGACAAGAAGGAAUUUGACACUGAUCGUUCUUAGGGCUUUUUAAUAAGGUUAAAUAGGAUAUUAUGCUCCUUUAUUGUAAAAGCAUUAAGUGUCUGAGUUUGUGAGGAAUGGCCUUUCAAAUGAUAAUUCUUGAAUUGAGUUUAGCCAGAGUAAUUUCUUUGCUAUUUCUAUCCAUUCUUAUAUAUUUAUAUUGUUUUUUUUUUUUUUUUUAUUUAUGUUGCUUUUUUUGUUUACUUUGAGAAAAUCAUCUCAUUCGUUAUCACAUUGGUGACAGAAAUAUGUGCUGUCAAACAAAUUGCAUCCCCUGUUAUGCAGCAUGCAUCUCUGAAUCACAAGAAUCAGCUUAAGCAUUAUGGCAAGCAAGGUUUCAAUAGCAGUUGCAGGUGAUAAGCUUUGGUUUUUGCCUUUAAAGUGUAUUAUUUUCAUUUUUCCAAACAGGAGAAACAUCCAGUCCAAUAACAAAACAUACUUGACUAUCUGUAAUUAUGAUCCUGAAACAGACCCUCUGUGUCCAAUAUUCCAGCUUGGAAAGAUUGUUGAGCUAGCAGGUGUCAAUUUUGAUGAUAUAGCUUAUAAGGUAAGUUCAGGCUUGAAUUAACAACAGAAAAAAGCAGAAUUUGACUUUUUCCAUGAAUGUCAGUUUCAGAUCAUCCUAAUUCAGUAUCAAUGACCUGACCAGUGGCCAGGGCAAAAAAACUCUUAUACAAUCUAGCCAAUCAGUGUGUGUGAAGUUACUGCCAACUACUGGACAUUCUUCCUUUUACACAAAAAACAACUGGAAACUUGCAUGGCAUAGAGAAACACAUUUUUUGUAUGAUUUAUAGUGAACAGAGUAGACCAUCACACAUGAAAUAUCUGUUUCAGUUAAUUUGCUUAAAAUUAUAAUUGAUUAAUUUACUUUUUCAAUAAUCUUUUUUUCUGUCAUCAAUUUCAUGUCAUUUUAGGGUGGAGUCAUGGCCAUUGUUAUAACAUGGAAUUGUAACUUUGACUCUCUUGCAUAUUCUUGUGAACCCAAGUACUCAUUUAGAAGGUGAUUACAGAUCUCCUAGUUACAAUAAUUAUAGUUGGGCUGUAAUAUUAGGAUGUAGUCCGGUUAAAUUUACCAUCUUUCAUUCUUUCACCACACAGUACGAUCAGUGAAAGAUGGUUAAAUUUACCAUCUUUCAUUCUUUCACCACACAGUACGAUUUUGACAUUGCUGAUCCUAGCAGUAUGCAGGACGCACAUCAAAUAUGAACCUAGUAUAUGGCCUUGCUCUCCAUGAGUUCUCCGUAACUCAGUGGAUAGAGCGCCCGCCCGGUGUUUGGGAGAUCAUAGGUUCAAAUUUUGAUUCUGAUUUUUUCUUUGUCCCACGGUCGUGACAAGCCCAUUAUUUCAUCUUCACAUUUGUUAACUGAGCUUAAAAUUUACCAUCUUUCAUUCUUUCACCAAUCAUUAUAUGGUUUUUUAGUAAAUAAUCAUGUUUUCUCCUCAGAUUGGAUGACUCCAAAGCACUGAUUGCCGAAGGUUAUAAUUUCAGGUAACAUCAGUUCCAUAUCAUAUCAUUAUCAUCAUACUGAUCCUGCUGACAAUUUUUUUUUAUAUUCUAACCUCGGAAGAUAACCUGUUCCAGACUCAAAGAUACUUAUAGUAAUGAGCAGAGGUGACCAAAGCUGAUAAAUAAAACAUGCACCCCCUUCCCCAGAUCAUACACAUCUUAUUCUCUCAUGGCUUGUUCAGUUUGGGACAUUCCUACUAUCUGAAAGCGUGGCACAGGCUAAACAAAAGUGUUUAAAUUUCUUUAUUUUAUUUUGUCUUUUUCAAUACUUUUGCAGAUAUGCUAAUUACUAUGUACAAGACAAUGUUCUUUACAGGACACUGUUCAAAGCUUAUGGUAUACGAUUUAUGAUCCUGGUAUAUGGACAGGUAAAAAUAAUUGUUGCAUGUUCUGUUCACCAUGAAGUCAUAUCUUUUACAGAAAAUGUCCUAACCCCAUGGCUACAGACUAUUUUUAGUCUAAGCCCUUGAUCGUCCCUUUUAUAUGGCCUUUCAUUUUAAUUAAGUAUUUCCCUCAACACUUUGCUUGAGAAACGCUUUUCCUUUUUUGGUUUCCUGUUCUUUUGCAAUGAUAUUACCAUGAAUGAAUUCAUUAUUGAAGAAUGUGUCUGGAUCAGAUAAUAUCAAUAAAAGGGCACUUGAUAUGUUAAGCCCUUACUUUGUUUUACAAGCUAACACAUAGCAAUUUGGAAUCUAAACGUUUCCCUAGCCCUAUCGCCUUGGCUUUUUUCUUUCGCCUUAUUUAAAUAAAGAAAUUUGCAGAGUUCAGAGAAGUAUGCUAUAAUUACUCAAAGGAAGGUCCGUGUGCCUGUGAUAACACUUCGUUUUUGACAGAUCCAAACAAUUUGAAUAGCAAAAUAAAGAGCUAUAAAAUUGAUAAAAAUAAACAAAAAAAUGUUUGAUUUUCUGUCUUCUCAGGGAGGCAAAUUCAGUGUCAUCCCAUUGUUUCUCAACCUGGGAUCUGGUCUUGCCCUUCUUGGUAUUGUAAGUAUUCAAUUGACAUUGACAUUUUAUUUUAUUGUUUUAUUUACAGUACAAUGUGUUCUUGUGCCUUUCACCUGCGAUCAGACGUUCUUUUCAGGGGAGCAUGAAAUUUACAAUAUCUUAUUUCUUUUGCAGGCCACAGUUCUUUGUGACAUUGUGGUUCUCUAUGUACUUCAGAAGAAGUAUUUUUACAGGGAGAAAAAAUAUCUGUUGGUUGAUGAUACUGAAAGUGAAUCUGAUGAUUUCCAGGUAUGUUGAAGUUGCCUUGUCCUGCUUUUUUUCCAGUUAGAUGACAAAGUUUGAAUGUUAUUGAUACAGAAGCAUCUUCUCUAGUGAACAACCAUUUUUAACCGUUUAAAAUUUUGAACAGCGGGGGCCUUCCGAGCUAAUCUAUUGACCAGUGAAGGAAAUGUUAUACUAAACGCCAGUACACUAUGAACAUUGCAGUAAUAAAAUUAUUAGCAACUCUAAGACCAGAAUGGAAGCUUUUGAUACUUAAAUAUGGUUAACAUUCAUUUAGUCUUUAUACCAACAAUAGCGUUUUUGUUGAUUUAUAUAUGUGACUACAACAGCAACUUGUAGAACAAGAAAUCACAGAUGACAACUAACAACGGAUGAAGUAUAAUACCUGGAAAGGUAUUCAUUGGCAUAGCAUAGGGAAGGCUUUUAACAACUGCUUCAUAAAUUUUGCUUAAUAAGUAGACUACGCCCGUCGGUAGAGCUAGAGUAAUGGAAACUUAGGUAGUAACAUCCGUCAUGCUUGCUUUUUGCUGUAAACCUGCUUUAUGUUUGACAGGUUGCCCGUUUCUCAGUAACUUGCAUUGAUAACACAAAACUGGUAGACAAUAGUAUAUAGAUAGUUUACCAGUAUGAGCACCCAUCGGCUUUUUACUGUAAACUCUUAUUUAAAAUACCGCGUUUUAGUAGCCUGUCCACAGACGUUUUUUCUCUUUUUUUGGACGAUUCGACACCGCGGAUUUUAUUUCCAUACGCGCGCUCGACGAUCCUUACUACGCUUUUCAAAAACAAGCGACCUCUGAAGUUCAAAAACCGCCUUUACAAGUGCGUUUUUCGCUGCUUUCAAUCAUAACUACGAUCACAAGUAACGAUCCUUGAAACACAGAAACACACAAAACGGAUCGAAAUGCACAAAUCACAAACCAUGACCUUUUGAACCCGUUGAAGUAAACGUCCGUUUUCUAGGUCCGCUAAGAAAAUUGACGGCAUGGAAAAACAUAUUUGAAGAAAAGUAGUUAUAAGAAUUCCCAAAUAGUACUAAAAGCUACCUUUUUUGUGGACCGCAUUUCCCUUAACAUAUUUGCGAGAUUUUCCGCUUUGUUAGUUCAAUAAAUAAUUAAAUAAACAGUUUCAACUCCUUUUUCCGAAUAGAAAACAAGAGCUCGUGUCAUGAACAGCACUGGUAGUAUGGAUCGUAACAGUAAACAGUAUUCACCCAUAAAUAACGAAGAAGAUAUUCAAGAGGAUUCCACAACUUUCCAAAAUGGUGAUAAUACAUAAAGUCAAAGAUAGUACUGAUCAUAAGGAUCAAGGCAUUGCAGUAUGUUAACCACGACAUUCCCCAUUGAAAAUAUCUUGGUCCAUCAUGCAGACUGGAUGUCCAGGUCGUGUACUAGUUCGAAUUUCAAUUACUUAUACAGGAAUGACCUGCCAUCCAAUAGAACACUUCCGAGUUCCUGAAACCCUCACUUUCAAAAUGAGGCAAAGUGCACAACCUUUCUUGUAAAAAUGAGUUUCAGUUGUAUGAGAAUGAAAAAUCAUUUUGAUAUCUAAGGCUGAGCACUUAACCUCGUUUUGAUACAGAAGCCCAGGGGAACUCGGAGAUGGCCCAUUACUCAUAUUGUACUCAAAAGGGGAAAGUCUCAGGUACGAUGGAAGCAUUUUUGAAUGAUGAAGUUUCAAACACCAGCUUUCCACUAUCCUUCUAGUUUGCUGGGUUUUAAACAUAUAAGGUCGAAAAGGAACUAGAAUAAUACUCCACUAAUUAGUUAUAAUGUGCUGUUGAAUUUGAACUGAAUCCGUCUCAAGAAAAGGAUUAGUACUAAUAUGUAGUUCAUUUAGAUACGUGUAUAGAAGAUAUGCAUGCAUAAUAACACGGCAAAUUAAGGAAAAUAGUGUGAAAAUAGGGCAAUGUCUAGAAUCGCCACAGUAAGAGUUAAACACUGCAAGAACCAUUCCUGUGUAGUGUUUAGUUUUAUAGAGAUUGUAGAUUUUUGUAAUGAUAAGAAAUAUUUUGUAUCCUCAAUUAUUUACUAAGGAACUGAUACAUAAAGAAGAAAUCUCAGGGAUAAGUUUUAGAAUAUUAGAAUAAAAUUUAAUCGUUCACUUUAGGAAUACGUCUAUCUAGUCAAAAG